AUGACCGCAAUCACGGCUCCAGAAUACGACGCCGUGGUAGUCGGCGGGGGGCCCGUGGGCCUUCUGGUUGCGUACCAGCUGGCUCGAUUCGGCAAUUCAGUCUGUGUGCUGGAGAAGGAUGAGAAGGAAGUGCAAGAUGCAUAUGGGAGGGCCAUUACGUUGUUCUCGCGGACAUCGGAGCUGCUCGAUCAGCUUGAUGUUAUCGAGCCGAUACUGCAGCAGGGGUUUGCGUGUAGGACGAGCGUUACGUAUAAGGAUGGAGUGCAGCAAAUCCCCGGACGAGUCUGGACGUUCAUGGAAAACAUCAAAGACACGGUCUACGACUUCGCCCUCGUUCUGCGACAGCGGUACACGGAAGCAAUCCUACGCGAGAAACUUGCAUCUGUCGGUGCUGUAUAUCAUAGCUCGAUGGAAUGUGUAGACUUUGAGAUCGAUGGCUCUGCCUCCCUUGACUCGCACGCUGUGACGUCUUACUUUGUGAACCCUAAGAUGGGGACGCAGAUGGUUUUCAAGAGCAAAUACCUCAUCGGCGCAGAUGGCGGCCGUAGCUUCGUCAGGAAGAAGGCUGGGAUUCCCUUUGACGGGGACACGACGGAGGAUAAAUGGAUUCGCAUCGACGGCAUUGUUGAGACUUCUAUGCCGAUCACGCGGGCAUACGGAGCCAUCGAAAGCAAGACGCAUGGAAACGUCCUCUGGGCGCCGCUGGACCAUGGAGCAACCCGCAUCGGCUACGCCUACACAGCAGAGAUCGCAGCCAAAUACCCAGACGGGGUGACGGAAGAAGUAGCAGUGAAAGAAGCCAUUGCAGCCAUGCAUCCAUUCGAGGUGAAGUUUAAAGAGGUGCAUUGGUGGACACUAUACUCCAUCGGACAACGCAUGGCCAGAACAUUCUGCUCAGGCAAACGACUCUUCCUCUGCGGUGACGCAGCACACACGCACAGCAGCGGUGCCGCGCAGGGACUAAACACCGGUAUCCACGACGCCGUGAAUCUCGCCUGGAAGCUGUCCCUGCAGAUCCGCGGACUCAGCACCCCCCAAGUCCUGGAGACGUAUAACUCGGAGCGCACAUCGGCCGUGACCAGAUUGAUCAAUUAUGACAAGGACAUCUCGCUGCUCAUGACGCAUAAAUGGCCGUUGUGGUAUAAGGGCGAUCCGUCGGCCGAUCCGCACGUUGUGCUGGGUAGGAUCUUUGAAGAAGCGUCCUCCUUUAACACCGGGUUGGGCAUUAGUUAUUCGGAGAAUGUGAUCAAUCAGAUGAACCCGGUUUAUUAUAACAGCAGCUGCUCGAAGACAGCUGAAUCUGAACCAGGGUCUAUCGUCCCCGGCAGCCGCGCACCAGACACCGAACUCAUAACGCCCUGCACAAACCUCAAGAUCCGUCUACACAGAGUCACACGGAAUAUCUGCAAAUUCAAGAUCGUGGUAUUUACAGGCACCGCAAAACUGGAACCAGCACCGGCGCUGAAGGCGCUCCGAGAAUAUCUCCAGCGGCACCCCCAUCUUGCGUCUCACGAGGCCAUCGGGUGGAUUACCAUUCCUGGCGGCUUGAGCUGCUCGUCGUACGAGGCGCUGGGGAUGGAUCCACUGGGUGAGACCUAUUACGAUCCCUCUGGUUCUGCGCACAAGCGGUACGGGGUUAGUUUGGAGCGUGGUGGUGUGGUUGUGAUUAGACCGGAUGGACUGGUAGGGUUUCGCUGUGGAAUUGAUGGGGAGGAGGUUAGGGGGUAUUUUUCCAAGGUUUUGGUUGGUAUAUAG